UGAGAUAAACUCUCAACCCACAUUAAUUGAGAAUCAAUUAAAUACUCGUUCUUGUCUAGCCGUCCUCGGUUAUCGAGUUUAAUCAACACAGACUAGAGACUUCUAACACGAGAUUCAAGCACCUAUGAGAGAUCGUUCUUGUAUCUUCGCCGCGAUCCAACCUUGCUUUUUAUUCCUUCCUCUCUCUUGUAUCCUUUGUUAUUGGAUAAGUACAAUAUCCGGGAUGUUCCUAGCCGCCGCAGUGUCAAGCGCCUUCCUAAUUUGCGUACAUACGUAUUAAAUUUCUAAAAACAGAUCGGGUCCAUUAGGUUCAUUUGGAGGCCGUGUGUGGUUCGUUAGCGGUGUUCCUUGUGUGUUGUAAAGACGACGGCGAAAAAAAAUGGAAGAUCACGUCUACAGAAUAGCGCUUCUGGGAGACGAAGGAGUCGGCAAAACAGCUCUUUUGGUGCGAUUCCUGUGCCAUAGAUUUUUGGGCGAGUACGACCCCACUAUAGAGGAUAAAUAUCGCAAAAGCAUUAACAUUGAUGACGUCACUGUUACCUUGGAAAUACUUGACACAGCAUCCCGGGGACAAAACAGCUGCAAGUUGCGUGAUCAAUUCGUUCGAGAAGGCGACGGAUUUAUAGUGGUUUAUUCCACAGCAGACAGGAGUACAUUCGCUAACCUGCACCGCUACAGAGACAUGAUGAAACUAUCACGUGACACCAAUCUUCCCUCUAACCGCACACGUGACACAAGACCUGACUCGUGCCCAGGCUUAAACGAGCAGACACAUGAUGGAUUAUCAAAAGACGCAAUAUCUGUACUUGUUAUUGGUAAUAAAUCCGAUCUGAUUGGCGAGCGUGAUGUCACGAGGGACGAGGGGCAGCGAUUGGCUGAGACCUAUGGAUGGUUAUUUGCCGAGGCGUCGGCUUUAGAGUACGAGGCUGCCGACGCUUGCAUCGCCGACCUGGUACGAGAUAUGAUGGCGAAGAGAUCGAUGCGAAACCACAGGCAUUCCGUGCCUUCUCAACCCGUCAGCAUCGCCAAGGGAGAAUCCAAGCACGCAUGGAAGAGAAGAAGACAUUCGCUGAUCAACCUGUUUAGCUCCCGCGGGCGCAACACAUUAAGACGAGGGUCAUGUGAUGCCUCUCAGCUGCCAAUCAGUGAAGAUGGACAUACUGGGAACUAAUAAAACUGGACUAUCUUCAAAAUAUUGAAAGUUGUGACCGUUUCAGUACAUGAUUUAGCAAACAUAUUUAUUUUUACUUACAUGUUAUCUUAUAUACGCAGGGGCUAGUCUAAAGAAAAACGCAGGGUGGGGGCCAGAGAAGUGAUUCACUGAGCACGGUCAAAUCAGCAUUAACACUGGUAAUAGGCCACUAGUUCCAUCAUUUUCUAUAGAAAUGCACAAAAAUUAAAAAUCUUCCAACUACCAA